AUGGUCUACAGAGGGAAGCCGGGUCUGGGGUGUGCUUUAUGCAGGACACGACGGCUAAUCUGCGAUCGACGUCGCCCGUCGUGUACACAAUGCCUGAGGAUCAACCAGGAAUGCUCAGGGUAUCGCGACCCCAACGUCCUGAGAAUCUGCGACCAGACCGACGAAAUAACCGUGAAAGUCGAAGGUCGAGGGACGAUCGUUCGAAAACAACGCAAGUCGCCUUCUACGGGAAAACCCUCCUCACCCGCCUCUAUAUCCCCUCCGCCUACCACAAUUGAUGAUCAGGUCAUGUCGCAUAUCUUCACUUACUACGUCGGGCUGGAGAGCAUGGCGAGAAUCAACCGGCGUCCCGAACUAAAGCGUGCGGCAGGGGAAGAGUACGGCAGGGCCCUGAUUGCCACUAAUAACGCACUACGAGACCCAGUAUCGGCGAAAUCUGACUCCACUCUUGGGGCUGUUAUCUUGCUUGGCAUGUACGAGUGGAACGCGUGCUCGGGUCUAAUGCAGGGCUGGUCGCAGCAUGUCCGAGGAGCGACAAAGCUUGUUGAACUACGCGGCAUGGAGCAAUUGAACUCGGAAACUGGACUCGAGUUGUUUACAUUAGUCCGUUUGCAAAAUGCAAUUAGUGGCGUCUUUAUAAGAUCUCGGAGGUACAAAUCAGCCAAGAUAACGGCCCUUACGAAGCUGGCACAAGCAAAGAAGGACAGGAAUUCCCAACCAAUUGAGGUAUUCUAUGAUAUACUGAUGGAACUACAUGAUCUCUCCGUCGAAGUGGACGACGCAGCCGUGGUCGAUGAUUCAAUUGGCACUCUGAGCAUACUUAUCAGCAAGGCGCUCCAUCUUGACACGGAUCUGCGGGCCUGGGCCAUGUCACUCGGUCCGCAUUGGCAAUACUCCGUCGUUGACACACACAGUAAUCCUAAAUCUCGCCCCCACAUUCCCCUUCACAGCGACACCUACCAUAUGUACAAAGCCGUCGGGGUAGUCUCAAUGUGGAAUCAUUAUCGCCAAACGCGUAUUAUCUUACAUGAGAUGAUCAGAUCAAUGGGUCUACGCCUCUGGGGCCUACAGGGGACAUCUGAAUGCCAACAAAUCGUGUUUGACUCGAUAGAUACUAUCAAGCAGAUGACAGAUGACCUCUGCGCUAGCGUUCCAUAUCACUUUGUAUCUGGAGAGGUGACAUUCCCGGCCGUGAUUCGCCUGCUCUGGCCUUUGUUCGUUGCAGGCGACUGUGCGGGUGCGGAACCUGCCACGAAGGAAUGGAUCAUCCAGACUUUGGAGUUGAUUGGGAACACGACGGGAAUUCAACAGGGGCUAGGCUUAGCUCACAUGCUUAGGAAUGGACAUACAAGGAAUUUUAUCCCGGGGACAUGA